AUGGCGACUAGGUGGCCGUUAUUUCGGCAACCAGCAGCUCGGGUGGAUCGAAUCGAAGGCUUUAAGUUCUCCCAAGCGAAGACCUCCCCUGUCUUUGAGCUACACUAUGAUAAGAGCGUUUCCACCAGUCGAUCCUGGGAUUGUGAGAACGCUCCCAGUGUGGUGUCACAGCCGGGAAUUGCUAUGACAGGCGCCGAACAGGACAGUGUCUACGACAUCAGAAAGAGAUAUACCAAACGAGUCAAAUGA